AGUGGUUUCUUGCGUCAUCAUUUUAUGCUGCUUCUUGCAUGCCGAUGUGAAGAGUGGAAGAUAAAACCAAUGUAUGUCCUAACACUCCAGGUUUAACAUAUGAUCUCCAAUGCAACGCACCUUACAGAGGAAGCAACCUGCACCCAACAACAUGCACUGAAGUGAAGGAAACAGAGGCGGCAGCGGCAGCAGCAGCGGCGGCAGCGAGGUCAAAUCUCUGAAAUGUGCACCAGCUCCACAAACUGAGUCUCAAAUUAACUGAGUUGGUCAACGAAUCCAGCAGCCACACGAUAAAUUCUGAAAGUCACUCUGACGGACGCAAACUGAGCAGCUCGGGUCUGAAUGUGAGGUGAAGAACAGCAAACAGGAAGAGAUGCGAAGAGUUCGGAGACGAGGAGGGACCAAAGACAAGGUGUUUGGAUGUGAUCUGCUCGAGCACCUGACUGCCUCAUCUCAAGACAUCCCUCAGGUCUUGCGAUGCUGCAGUGAAUUCGUGGAGCAUCAUGGAAUCGUGGAUGGAAUCUACAGGUUGUCCGGAGUGUCGUCAAACAUACAGAAACUACGGGGUGAGUUUGAGAGUGACGGGAAUCCAGACCUGAACAAAGAUGUGUACCUGCAGGACAUCCACUGCGUCAGCUCUCUGUGCAAAGCUUAUUUCAGAGAGCUGCCAAACCCUCUGCUCACAUACCAGCUGUAUGACAAGUUUGCUGAGGCUGUGGCCAUUCAGCUGGAGGAGGAGAGGCUGGUAAAGAUCAGAGAUGUGCUGAAGGAACUGCCGACACCACAUUACAGGACUCUGGAGUUUCUGAUGCGUCAUCUUGUCAGAGUGGCCUCAUAUUCCUCAGAGACCAACAUGCACGCCAGAAACCUGGCCAUCGUCUGGGCCCCCAAUCUGCUCAGGUCAAAGGACAUUGAGGCAACUGGGUUUAACGGUACAGCCGCCUUCAUGGAGGUCCGGGUUCAGUCCAUUGUAGUGGAGUUCAUCCUCACACAUGUCCCUCAGCUGUUUCCUGAGCAAGGUGUAACAAGUGAGAGAAGGAAGUCCCUCCCCUCCCCAACAGCAGUGUCCGGUCAGGAAGAAGCAUUUUUCAAGUCUGUUCCCACUCAGCCUGUACCCAACUUUGGGAAUAUCAGUCCAGGAGACGGUCCUCUGCCCAUAAGACCCUACCAUGCUAUCAUUGAAGGCACAGACAAGAGGAAAGGAUCUCUAAAGGGCAGGAAGUGGAUGUCCAUAUUCAACAUCGGGGGACGAUUCCACGACCCACGGCGAAGGCACAAACACUCAUCUAAAGAGAAAGAGAGGUCUGCUUUGAGACCAGCAAGAAGCAUGGACUCCCUCAGCACCCCGUUAUAUCCAAAUGAAGGUUCCAGAUGUUCUGCCCAGCGCCCUCCCUCCACCAACAUUUCUCCCCAAGUCACUCGCUCCCCCCACACGGGCUCAGAAGUAGCAGUAUCAUCCGGUGCAAUAGGUGGCAGCGAAUAUGCUGUAACAUACCGCAGGGGAACAGGGUUAGUAAGUGGGGGUGCGGGGACCCAGGGCACCUACACUGCUCUUGACCCUGAGGGUUUAGGGGUCACAGGCAACGAGGUCGUCCUGUCCAGAUCCCCGGGACUCUCCACCAAAGUGGGACGAAGAGCAGCCAUGCACAUCACAGGGCCCACCACGGUUACUGUGCCACUACAUAUCACCUCUAACCUGGCAUUAGGGAUGCUACAAGGGGGUGGGAGCGACAGGGUCAUCCACCGUAGCAGGGAGAAAGAUGGAAGGGACAGGGUGGAAGGUAAGGAGGAAAGAGACAAGGUGGAGAGGAAGGAAAGCAAAGAGAUGGAAAUGGAAAUGGUGGAGGAAGACAGAGAGGUUGAUGAAGAGGAGAAAAACAGGGAAGAAGUUGUGGAAGUGGAAGCGAAUACAGUGGUGGCAGGUGGCGCCAACAAGGAAAAGGAUGAAGGAGCAAAAGAGGAGGAGAAGAAGGAAGAAGAAGUUAGAGAUUUCAGAUGGAAGCCAGAGCUGGGGAUGGAAGGUCAAGGUCUGUCCAGAGAGCAAGAAACUAAAAGCCUCGACUCCAACACGUGUGAUGAAGAUGCUGCAUAUAAUGACCAAUAUGGAGACGACAACGAUGAAUACAUGGCGUAUAUUUCAUCCGCAGAAAUGAAAGGGGCGGAACAGGAUGGUUUUCAGCCGACGGCGACUCAGCCUGGAGAUGUCUGUGCGUCUGAUGCUCCUGACAUCCUCAACUCCACUGAAGUGGAAGGGGACAACCAGGAGCUGUUUGGCUACGUUCAAGAUAACUUUGAAUUCCUGGACCAGAUGGACUGCAGCGCCCUGGACCAUAUGGACUGCAGCAGUUUCUAUCAGGCGAACGAGUUCUCCGUCGAACCUCCUGGUCACUCAGACGACGAGUAUGAAAUCAUGAUGCAAGCGCAGCCAGGCCCCGAAACACACACCCACAGCCAGACCGAGUUAAAUCCACACAGGCCGCUCAGCCUCGACCUAGCCACCCGACACACUAAGUCCCUCAGCUUGCCUUACAUGACCUCACCCAUCCACGGACCGGAGGAGUCCUGCUCUGAAGAGGAUUAUCUGGGGGACAACAGUGAUGAUAAUUAUUACAGUAGUGAGGAAGAUCAGAACAUGUUUCUCCAAAGCCUUCCCUCUGAUUUCAUUUUAUGCGAUCAUACUGGCUUUGAACUAGAGACUGAUGGAGAAGACAGCUGCACCCCUGGUAGACUUCCUGUUGAGCAAUCAAAGAGCGCUGAGGACGGAGAAUUUGAGACGUUACACUCUAAAGAACCAUCCACUGGAAAUCAGGAGCAGGGAGAAGCGGUAGACGAAGAAGAUGAAGAAGGACCGGAGGGAAAUCAGAUAAUAAAGAGAGAAGAGGAAGAUUCACUUGAUAAGCAAGGAGACCAACCAGAAAAACAUAUGCAAAGCAUAACAGCAGAGGGAGAUCUCAACAUCAUGGAAGAUGUUCAAAGUGAAAAAGAAAGGCCUCCUACUUCAGAAGUGCCAACACACUGCUCUGUGGAGUUUCCACUUCCAAGCAAUGAGAACACUGAUGAACUCAGCACAAUUGAGGCCGAGGAGGAAGUGGUUGAUAAUCCUCACAGUGAUUAUCCACCUUGUCUCACAGAUUCUUGCGCACCACAGGAGAUUGGUGACGUUCCAUUAGAGGAGUCCAGGGAACAUCCCGAAACCUGUGUUGGAGAGGAUACAAAAGAGAGACACAGUGAUGAGGGAGAGGACACGAGGACACACAACGUGAUCGAGGCAAUAUGUCAAGAAAUGGUUCUGGAAAUAAAAGAAAGUGAUGAGAACAUGUUGGAAGAUCCCAUCGAAGAAGGCAAAGAGGGAAUACCUGACAAAAAACAUGAAGAAGAGAUGCAGGAAGGCGGCAAAGAGCAGAAUGGUGAAAAUUGUAGCGGGGAAAUUUGGGAGGAACGUGAGGAUGUUGGAUGCGAAGUGAUAGUGGAUAAGGGAAGUGAGCAGGCUGAGAGCGAGGGUGUUCCUGGGCAGGGAGAUGUAGAAAAAGUUGGAGAGGAGCAAGAGCACAAAGAGAAGGUUUCAGGAGAUAAAAUAGUGGAAGUGGAGGAAGGAGGGACAAACGAGAAAGAAGUUAGAACAGAGGCAGAGGAGGAAUCAGUGGAGACAACUGAAGAAAAGCUCACAGACCUAGAGACGCAGCAAGAGUUGGAGGAAAAAAAGACUUGUUUACCAGAGACAAGUGAACUAGAAGAAGCAAUUCAAGGGAAGCAUGUGGCCAACAAAGAAGCACUGCAUCAUGACAGAGAAGAAGUGGUUUCAAAAGAGCCUGAGAAAGAGAGCAAUGACAAAGAGAGGGCCCAUGAGCAACUUAGAACCCUGCCAAGUGUAGAUGAACAACUAAAAGAGGCCAGGUCUGAUGUGAGAAAAUCGAAGUGUGAGGUGACUGACAGUAGCCAAGGAGGAGUAGGCAGGAAGCUGAUUAUCUCCAAACAUCCGAAAGUUUACCAAGCCAGAGCGGUGCCGGUUGUGCCUCCGAAGCCUCAGCACUGCAAAAUCACCGCCCUGACCCUCCGACAGCAGCAGCAGCAGAGAGAGAGAAGAGAUGCAGACGGAGGCAGGGAGAAAGCGCCAAGAGUCCCUAGGGAACAGGACAGAGUUGGUGCCGCAGGGCAGGGAAAAGAUGGAGGAGAGAGAGAGAGGGAGAGGAGGAGGGAUGGGGAUGAAGGUGCCAUGAGGGAAACAAGUAGAAACAGUCCCCUCAGCAUGUGUUUCGACGAGGCUGUUGCCAUAGCAACCAUGAGGCGAGAAAAAGAGAAAGAGUGCGAGAAGGAGAAAGAAAGGCAGAGGGACUGGGGAAGUGAAGUGCAGUGAGGAGGUUUUCUUGUCUGUAUAUUGAUUUGAACUGAUUUUUAUGUAGAAAGUAUUUUUCUACAUGAAGCAAAAAGGCUGUAUUUUGUCUUUGUCGAAUGAGGAUUUUAAUUCAGUAUAAAUUACAACAGCAGUAUUGUCUAUCAAAUGCUACUAAAGAUGUUUAAGGGGUUUUUCUGCCAGGCACAAAUGUGAUGUACAGCCAGAAAACGAAUAGGUUUUUUUUUUGUUUUUUUUUUUUAAAGUAUACUGGGGAGGAUUUUGGCCUCUUUAUUAGACAGAGCAUCGAAGAGAGCUGACAGGAAAAUGAAGGGAAAGAAACGGGGGGGCGACUUGCAACAAAGGUCCCCAGCUGCACUCAUUUCAAUUAAAUGGGCAUUGUUUUAAAUCCCUGGGCCACAAGAAUGCCCCAUCAGAAUAAGAGAGUGACUGCGGCUGUGAUACCUGACAUUAAGUUAGAUAAAACACAGA